AUGAAGUACUUGAGCACGCGUGGUGGGCAUGAGCGCCUGACGUUCGAAGAGGCUGUCUUGCAAGGGCUCGCACCGAAUGGAGGAUUGUAUGUGCCAGCUGAGAUGCCAACGCUUCCAGACGACUGGCAGACGGCAUGGGCGUCGUUGAGCUUCGUCGAGCUGUCCUUCCAGAUUGUGUCUUUAUUCGUGCCAACCACGGCCGAAGAAGGCGGUAUACCGCCGGAUGACCUGCGAGAGCUGAUCACAAAAUCGUACGCGACGUUCCGCCACGAGGACGUGACGCCGCUGCGCCGUGUCUCGGAGCACGAAUGGUGCUUGGAACUGUGGCACGGACCAACAUUUGCGUUCAAAGAUGUCGCUCUCCAGCUGCUUGGAAACUUGUUCGAGUAUUUCCUCGCUCGCCGAAACGCCACCGCUAGCAACGCCAACCGGGCUGACCGUGCGCCCCACACGUUGACGGUGCUUGGCGCGACAAGUGGCGACACAGGCAGUGCGGCAAUCGCAGGACUGCGCUCCAAGGAGAAUAUUCACAUAUUUAUCCUGCAUCCACGCGGCCGUGUGUCGCCGAUCCAGGAAGCUCAGAUGACAACCGUACUCGACGACAAUGUCCACAAUCUGGCCGUCGACGGCACAUUCGACGAUUGCCAAGACAUUGUCAAGGCGCUCUUUUCCGACAAGGCCUUCAACGAUCAACACCAUCUCGGUGCGAUUAAUAGCAUCAAUUGGGCACGCAUCUUGUCGCAGAUUGUAUACUAUUUCGCGGCCUUCUUUGCCCUGCGCCGCGAACAGCCGCAGAUCGACGCUUCGUCCGUGCAGGUUGUUGUGCCUACGGGCAACUUUGGCGAUAUCCUCGCCGGAUACUAUGCGAAGCGCCUGGGCGUGCCGAUGUCGAAGCUUGUCGUUGCGACGAAUGAGAAUGACAUCCUGCAGCGGUUCUGGGCGACGGGACGCUAUGAAAAAGAGUCGGCAUCCGGCGAGGUGCGCGCAACGCUUAGUCCUGCGAUGGAUAUUCUUGUGUCGAGCAACUUUGAGCGCUUGCUUUGGUACCUUGCGCACGAGUCCGACACAGAGGCGGACGACAAGGAAGAGGCCGCUGGGCAGCAAGUCACCCAAUGGAUGCACGAGCUCAAGACACGCGGCUCAUUCGCCGUCUCAGACGCUCAAUGGGAGCUUGCCAAGCGCGACUUCCUUGCAGAGCGCGUGUCGAACGACGAGACUCGCAGCACAAUUCGCCGCUACUUCCGCACGAAGGAAGAGCCCGGAUCCUAUCUCGUGGACCCGCACACAGCCGUCGGCUUCGAGGCUGCGAACCGCCGUGCUAACGGCCAUGCCGUGCCUCAAAUCAUUCUAUCGACGGCUCAUCCCGCCAAGUUUUCCGAGGCUGUCAUUUCGUCCAUUGCCGCCGACUCGAAUGAGGGCGAAGCUGCCCGCUAUUUCGACACACACGUCCUUCCCAAGGAGAUGCACGGCCUCCUAGACAAGGAGCGUCGCGUUGUCGAUGUGAAUGCGGCGCCUGAGGCUGGCUCUAACAAGCUGCAGGGUCUCAUUGCCAGUACCAAGGCCAUCAUUGAGCGUGAUGGCUUCAGCUCACGUAUGUAG